CCCCAGGAUGGGUUUGGGAAUUUUGCCUUUGAGGAAGGAGGAGCGGAGGGAGCUUGGUGGGGAAGUGCUGGAGAUGGCAGAAGCCGAUGCCUGGUCUCCUUCCUCUGACAUCUACAAGGUGCUGCCUUGCCAGAAGUUGAAGCUCAUCCCAGGCUGGGGCAUGUCAUGGCAGAAAAUUUAAAGUUAUUUGAACGUUGCUAACUUGUUUUUGUCUUUUUCAUUUUGUUCCCCUUUGCUUCAUCCUGGAUGUCUAAAAGGACAGUUGGAGCCAAUAAAUGAGGGUCUGCUCGCUAGAAUCUCGGAUCUCUUGCUGUGCCGGUGGACUUGUAGAAAUUGUUGUCAGAAGUGUUUCGACUGUAGCUGUUGUCAAACAAAUGAAGAUGAAGUUGAAAUCCUGGGACCUUUUCCUGCUCAAACUCCGGCCUGGCUGUUUUCCCUUUGGCACCUCUGAGACACCUCAUUGUCCUGGAAAUUCAGGAGGGGACGUUAAAGCUGCAAGUUUAAACCCUUCCUCUUGGGAGAAUGUUGAUUUUUUUCUCACUUCCUGAAUUUUUUACAGUAACCUCCAGUGGCAACUUAGAAAAAAAGAUAAAAUUCUUACAGAAGAUAAGCAGCCAAAAUGAGGACAAAGAUGGAGACUCUGAUAAUGCAAUCAGUGAGCUGCCUCCCACUCUUCAGGAUGUUUCCCCUGACAGAAGGCGGUCGUCUUCAGAUGCAUCACGGUCCACUUACAGCCUCACGAGGCGGAUUUCAAGUUUAGAGUCGAGAAGGCCAAGUUCUCCAUUAAUUGACAUUAAACCUAUCGAGUUUGGAAUAAUUGGAGCUAAGAAAGAAAUUGUUCAGCCAACUAUCCUGCGAAAAACUUAUACCCCAGAUGACUAUUUUAGAAAAUUUGAACCUAGACUUUACUCCCUUGACUCGAAUAGCGACGAUAUGGACUCCUUGACAGAUGAGGAGAUUUUAACGAAAUAUCAGCUGGGUAUGCUGCAUUUUAGCACUCAGUACGACCUGUUGCAUAAUUAUCUAAUAGUGCGCGUCAUUGAGGCUAAAGAUCUGCCUCCUCCGAUUUCUUACGAUGGUUCAAGGCAAGACAUGGCUCACUCCAACCCCUACGUGAAGAUCUGCCUUCUUCCUGAUCAGAAGAACUCCAAGCAGACUGGAGUGAAACGCAAAACGCAGAACCCCGUGUUUGAAGAGAGGUACACAUUUGAAAUACCCUUUUUAGAAGCCCAGAGAAGAACUCUGCUUUUAACCGUAGUGGAUUUUGACAAAUUCUCACGCCAUUGUGUUAUUGGCAAAGUGUCAAUGCCCUUGAGUGAUGUAGACCUUGUGAAAGGCGGACACUGGUGGAAAGCCCUUGUGCCUAGUUCUCAGAACGAAGUGGAGCUGGGAGAGCUGCUGUUGUCACUAAACUACCUACCCAGCGCAGGAAGACUGAACGUGGACAUCAUUAGAGCAAAACAGCUUCUUCAGACAGAUAUGAGCCAAGGUUCAGAUCCCUUUGUGAAAAUUCAGCUUGUUCAUGGAUUAAAAUUAACAAAAACCAAGAAGACUUCCUGCAUGAAGGGGACUAUAGAUCCCUUCUACAAUGAGUCCUUCAGCUUCAAGGUUCCACAGGAAGAACUGGAGAAUGCCAGUCUAGUAUUCACAGUGUACGGGCACAAUGUGAAGAGCAGCAAUGACUUCAUUGGGAGGAUUGUGAUCGGGCAGUACUCGACUGGCGCCCCCGAGUCCAACCACUGGCGCCGGAUGCUGAACGCGCACCGAACGGCUGUGGAGCAGUGGCACAGCCUGCGGUCCCGGGAGGAGUGUGACCGCGUCUCUCCAGCAUCCCUGGAGGUAACAUGAAGUGAGGAACUAACAGCAGCCAGACCAAGCAGGCAGACGACGGAAAAAAACCAAACCGCCAACUGAAACACCCCACCUCCCACCCUCCACACACCCGACAGCAGCUCCGUUGGAUUGAAGUGGCUGCCGGCACCCAACCGGCCGUGAUGGCCUGUACGAACCGUGUCACACUGGGUCUCGGCCGUUCCCCUGGGGCCACCAGUGGCCCAGCCAGCUGUACCUCUCGCUGCUCGUACCCGGCACUGCUCGGCUCUCUGCAUCCUGUGCAGGGGAGCACGUGGCUGGGCAGCGUGGGCUGUGCAAGGAGGUGCCGCGGGAAGCACUGAGCAGUUGGAAGAGUUAGGACUUGCCUCUGCUGUCCUUCCAGUCCAAAUCCAUGGUUUAUCCUCUCGGAGAUAUAAGUACCUGUGUACUCUCAUUGGUGAACGUGGUAAUUAGGCUAGAAUAUUUUUUUAAAUGGUAGAACCUGUGGUGAAAUCAAUUGACUCCAGUUUUGUCCUUGUACUAGUUUUAACAGAAUAAGCUCCUGUUAGUACGUACGCGUGCAUUUGUGUGCCAGGGCACGCACGUGUGUGUGGCCGUGCAGCCCCGGGUCAAAUGGAUCCGAUGUCAUGUCAGCGGUGAGACCUGCCACUCUCAAUAGCAGUCUCUGUGCGUCAAGUAGAUACAGUGAUGAUAUAGCAAAGUAAACAUUGCCAGUAGCAUUUGUACUGAGAAAGCCAGCUCAUGUCUUUUCAAACCUGUGUCGUGCAAAAGAAACCUGCUGCAGGGACUUUUGCAGUUAAGAAGAGCCAAAAUACACAAUUUUAACUCUCAGACUGCAGUGGUUCUUUCUGUGUUGUGUGUGUUAACCCAGGUAGUUUUCCAGGUCACUAAGUGAACUUAGCUAUGGUCAAGCUGUCCUGUUGGUUGCUUCUGUACAUCUUAUUUUUUCACGGCAUAUUGUCUGGUAUGAUGCAGAUUGUAUAUUUAUUGAAAAUAAAAUUCUAUUUAAUUGUGCCAUGCAGACUGGGGUUAUACUUGUUAGCAGCGUUCAGCUGCUUGGUGUUGAGUUCAUCAGUUCUGUUUAGGGCACAAGAAAAGCCAAACUGUUGGUAUUUACCCCCUUGUUACUCACUGCAGAUGAACCAGGAGUAAUUUGAGAGAAACUGGGUACCUGCUGAUGGAGAUUGGUCAGGAGAGCGAGCCGAGUGCGUUGGUCUGGCCAUGCGUGGUUCUCUGCCAGAGGUGCUGUGGGUCGGACG